AAAAUUACAAAAAAGGGAAAAAAAUCAGCGAUCCGGACGCCCUAAGGACGAAACCGAAAAAGGGGAAGCUCCAUUUUCUCCGCUGAGCCCAGAAACGACUAUGAAUCAACCCGUUUCUCUUCUCCACUCUUCUUUCUAACUUCCUUCUGUGCCACCAAAAUCAAAAAACCCUCAAACCAAAAAAAAUCAUUUCAUUUUUUUUUCUUCCCUUCAACAGACCCGUGCGAAAGCACCCUCAGUUUUAACCCUAAUUUACGAUCUAACCUUCUUUCUUUUUUGAAUUAACAAACCCUAGCUUCUUUCUUUCGUUCUUUUCUUCGAGGACCCUCUGUUUUGCCACUAUUUACGGCGUUGCCUUUUUUGCGAGAAACCCUAGUCUUUGAAUUUUUUUCGCCUUCUUUUUUUGCAGCUGUGUACAGAUUUCGGUUUUUGUAGGGUUUCGAAUCUUGGGUUUUUUUUUUGGAGUUUAGGGUUGUGAUAUGAAUAGUAGAGGGCGGUAUCCACCGGGGAUCGGCGUUGGCCGGGGCGGCGGAGUGAACGCGAACCCUAGUUUUCAGUCGAGGCCGCCGCAACAGCACUACGUGCAGAGGAAUUUGGUACAGAAUCACCAGCAGUUUCAACAUCACCAACCGCAACAACAUCACCAGCAACAACAGCAUCAACAGCAACAACAGUGGCUCAGGCGAAACCAGUUGCCCGGCGGCAAUGACUCCAGUGUCGUCGAUGAGGUCGAGAAGACCGUACAAUCUGAAGCCGUUGACUCAAGCUCACAAGAUUGGAAGGCAAGGCUAAAGAUACCGCCACCAGAUACACGCUACAAAACAGAGGAUGUCACAGCUACUAAAGGAAAUGAAUUUGAGGACUAUUUUCUGAAACGUGAACUUCUUAUGGGAAUAUAUGAGAAGGGUUUUGAAAGACCAUCUCCCAUUCAGGAAGAGAGUAUUCCUAUUGCUUUAACUGGAAGUGAUAUUCUUGCUAGAGCCAAAAAUGGAACUGGGAAGACAGCAGCAUUUUGCAUUCCUGCCUUGGAAAAAAUUGACCAAGAUAACAAUGUUAUUCAAGUUGUUAUACUUGUUCCAACCCGAGAACUGGCUCUUCAGACAUCACAAGUGUGUAAGGAGCUUGGGAAGCAUUUACAAAUUCAAGUCAUGGUCACAACUGGAGGUACCAGUCUCAAGGAUGAUAUCAUGCGAUUGUAUCAACCAGUCCAUUUACUGGUUGGAACCCCUGGCAGAAUUCUAGACCUUGCCAAAAAGGGUGUUUGCAUUUUGAAAGAUUGUUCAAUGCUUAUCAUGGAUGAGGCAGAUAAGCUUUUGUCUCCAGAGUUCCAACCUUCUGUAGAGCAGCUGAUACGUUUUCUUCCAGCAUAUCGUCAAAUUUUGAUGUUUUCUGCCACAUUUCCUGUUACUGUUAAGGACUUUAAAGACAGAUACCUACAUAAACCUUAUGUUAUUAAUCUAAUGGAUGAGCUUACUCUGAAAGGUAUUACACAAUAUUAUGCCUUUGUGGAAGAAAGACAGAAAGUCCACUGCCUAAAUACUCUUUUCUCUAAGCUCCAAAUAAACCAAUCAAUCAUUUUCUGCAACUCAGUUAAUCGUGUGGAACUGUUGGCCAAGAAAAUUACAGAACUUGGCUACUCUUGCUUUUAUAUCCAUGCUAAGAUGCUUCAGGAUCAUCGUAACAGAGUAUUUCAUGAUUUCCGCAAUGGUGCAUGCAGGAACCUUGUUUGUACUGAUCUUUUUACAAGGGGAAUAGAUAUCCAAGCUGUGAAUGUUGUUAUUAACUUUGACUUUCCCAAGAACUCAGAAACAUAUCUUCACAGGGUUGGUCGAUCAGGAAGGUUUGGCCAUCUUGGUUUAGCUGUGAAUUUGAUCACUUAUGAGGACCGCUUUAACUUGUAUAGGAUUGAACAAGAACUUGGGACUGAAAUUAAGCAAAUUCCUCCUCAUAUUGAUCAGGCUAUUUACUGCCGGUGAUUUAUGGUGGAUGUUUCCUGUUUAGUCUAAGGUGGUAACAAUGGGUUAAUGAAGCUGGUCAUUCAAGGUGUUUGCCCUUGCACAUGGGUGCGCAUUCUAAAAAGUAGUUGGUGUUGGUGGAACACUUUUAGUUGGUGCUGUAUGUGUGUAAGCCUUGAAUGCUUCGAUUGGUUUCUCAAAUUUCAUAGUCCUGAAACAUUAACAGGAUAGUAGGAGAGAGUUUAGAUGAGUCCUGCUUUUGAUUUAGUUAACAUAUGGUAUGGUACUGCCCACUUUUAGUCUGAUGAUGGUGGAAUUGUUUUUAAGGUUGUACCUUGUACAAGAAAUUUAUGUCUUGUUUCUGUUGGUGCAUAUGCUCAUCUUUGUUAUUUUCAAUAAAUAAAAGCAUCGGAUGGGAGUCCUAUGUUGGCUUUUGUUUGGUA